CGCGGCCGCCUCUGGCUUCAUUUCUCACCCAGUUCUGAGACCGAGAGGGACUUUGUGCAGAGUCGUCGACAUGACCGAGACUGCAGCCGCCGAAUCGGCUCCUCCAGCCGCGCCCGCUGCCGCAACCAAGGCUCUCAAGAAGAAGAAGGCGGCCGCCCGCACCAAGCUAGCCGGCCCCAGGCUAGGCGAACAAAUCGAGAAAAUUGUGGCGGAUUGCCGCAAUCGCCGAGGGGUGUCCGUCAUCGCGAUAAAGAAGGAGUUAGCCGCCAACGGCGUCGACCUGGAGAAGUUCAAUCGCCAGAUCAAGAUGGUCAUAAAGAAGAAAUUGGAAAGCGGCUCCCUGGUUCACACUAAGGGCGCGGGUGUCUCCGGCUCCUUGAAGGCCGCUAAGAAAGAGAGCACCGCCAAAAAAGCGAAGAAACCAGCGGCCAAAACAUCUCAGGCCAAGAAAUCUGCGGCCAAGAAAAGAGUGGCUAAGAAAUCUCCCACCAAAAAACAAGGCGUUAAGAAACUAACGCCUAAAAAAGCGGUAGCUAAGAAACCAGCGGCUAAAAAAGCGGCCGCGAAGAAACCGGCGACCAAGAAGGCUGCGCAGAAGCCCAAGAGCCCCAAGAAGAUGACUGCCGCGAAGGCGGCCAAGAAGUCUUCAAAUGCCAAGCCGAAGGCGAAAUCUAUGAAGACCAAGCAAAAAGCGGCUAAAAAGUAAAAAGGAAAACGCAACUUGUAAUGACUUAAAACCAACGGCUCUUCUAAGAGCCACUCACAUCUCCCAGGAGAGAGCUGACUGAAAUCAGGUGAUUCCUGUCCCGGAGCUGGGUUCAGAUGUCGAUGCGAAAUCAUGGAUCCCCAGCACACCUGACAUUAACAAUCGUUUCCCUAGUAUCAAAGCUGCAUGGCGUGUCCGGGCCGAGGCUCACUCGGAACGUGUUCGGCCUCAGGCUCCGUUCAAAGAUCGUUUCUUUCUCAUAAAAUACCGGGAUAUCGUCUGUGGGUCGGCAACACUGGAGGGGAAUCCCCGCCUCACAGCCAGAAAACCAACAUAAAACGUUCCACAAUUAAACAGGUUAUAGUGACUAAAAUUCUCAAGAGGAGUGGGGU